AUGACUUCCGUGAUGUCCGAAGCUUCAGUCGAUGUGUUGCGAGAGAUGCUGCACGUUUUCACAAGCAGGAUCUACUCAAACAAUGAAGGGCAGAGGUUCGGAUCGAAGUCGUUGGUUCAGCUUGUCGUUGGGCAGAGAACCUCCCUUUUCAGCCAGCUUAUGCUGGUGCUGAAGGGCGUUGGUUUUGCUUCUGGUGACACGCCCUUUGGAAAUGAAGAAGAUCUGCCUAGUGCAGCGUCGCCUCACAACUACAUCCGCGGUAGGCGGGUGAACUGGGAGAAUCGAUUUGGCGCGAUGGCCCAAGGGGUUAGAGGAGAAGGUGUUGUCACUGAGUUGAGUUACAGCCCGGUUCAUCGAACAGCUGACCACCUUGACACCCACGCGGAUCCAAUGAUCCACUUUUCCGACUCCGGUGGCAAGUUCUUGCAGCGAUGGCAAGAUUUUGUCAAUCAUAGAGCUGAGCUAGUCCCAGAUGCAGUUCGGCCGUGUAACAUGGCCCUGUACGCAAAAGGGCAGCUCUAUGCUUCAUACAAAACGCAGAUCGAAAGCUUGAUCACUGGGCCUAUCAGAGUUCAAGGCCUAUACCCCGGGGUAGCGCUGACCCCGACAAUUGUCUUGCCGCUGGACGAGUUCCCGGCAGCUCUGAGGCCCGAUUUCGAUGUUAUGCUCAACCGCGUACAUCGGGGCGAGGCCUUCGUUUUGAUUGCGCCCACUAUGUCGGAGAAGAAGAUCACGAUGAUGCGAAUAAUGACGUCAGGAGCACCUGCGAUGCGCACGUCCUGGCGCCAAUUCCAGUCUGUUGCUGCGGGCGGCCCCGGUGCGAACCGACAGGGCGGUGUUCCAAACACGGCCAUGAUGUUUCUCGAGAGUUUGACGAUGGAGGUGGGAGCAUGUCAGUACUUGUAUAUCCUGAGCACCACCUAUUACCGCCAACUUCUCGGAGCCGGGCCUCAUGCACCUCAGCAACCGCCAGCCCUUGGUCCCAACAGUUGGCCAACAGCUGCUGAAGCCCACAGGUUGCUCUGGGAAAUCGCGUCUGACAGGAUCGAGGAGGAAAGCGCCAUGCUUGGGGUACAGCUGGCAAUGGCUAUGAGCACGCCAUUUGCCGAGAGAGGACCCAAUGGAGAUGGGGCAGUGGCACACCUGACGACAGGUUUCCUCAACAUGCGGCGUGUUUUCUUGCCAAGACCCAGGGAGCACAAGCCCCUGGCGAAGCUGUUUUCUAAAGAGAGGUUCACGAACAACGGAUGCAUGACGUCGACGGCUUCGACCUUCAAUGGGACCUCCUUGGGUAUGUCGGGCUUGCCGACGAUCGUCGCCUCUGGCUUGGAGGUUCAGCCCUACUAUGACCAGGCGGGCGACCUUCAUGGUGAGACCUCCGGCCUGGAGUUUACAGCGUUGGAUGGUUGCUCUCUGGAGGGCCUUUGCGGACCUGGGGCGAGCUCUUCGGGGGUGUCCUCAUUGGGGACCUCGCUUGCAGUCCUUCCCUUUGCAUGGUUUCAGUUGCUCUACCUCCCCUGGACGCUAUCCGUGGGUGAAUAUGCUCUACAUGCACUACUAUGCCCAGCUUUGGAUGAGGUGACUAUUUCCUGGCACGGAGCUGGACAACAUGUGGCAGGGGUGAAUGUUUGGACCCUUUUGGCUACGUCUGGCAUGGGCAACACAAUGACUACCACGACGUCCGUGUUGCACCUGGGGUCUGACUGGGCCUCCUCUCAUGGGUGGCACACAUCUUGGAGGACUUUAACCUGGACGUCGACUACCACUAGGACACCGCUUGUGGGUGAAUUUGGUUUGCAUCCACUACUCUGCCCAGCUUUGGACGGGAUGACUAUUUCCUGGCAUGGGGCAGGACAACACGUGGCAGGGGUGAAUGUUUGGACCCUUUUGGCUACAUUUGGUGGGUGCAGCACAAUGACUACCACAACUACCACGUUGCUCAUGGGAUCUGACUGGGCUUCUGCUCACUGGUGGUACACAUCUUGGAGGACUUUGACCUGGACGUCGACUACCACUACGACCAGCUCACAAGGUGUGGAUGCUGAACGGGAACUUGCAGCGUCCUUGACACUGGAGAGCCUCAUCGUUGAACCCAACGAUACGUCCCUCCUCAUGCAGCUCAGCACUGGAGCCGGACAGGCAGUGACUGUGCGACCGACAAUGCCGAGCAACAUUGGCAUGCAGGGGGUGGAUGAUUUCCUUGCCAGUGUCUUGCAACUUACAUUGCGGGAAAUGCGGUCGAAACUUGGUGUUGGGCAUCCUCCAGUAAUCAGAUGGGCGAUCUAUGGGCACCUGCGUCUCAUCCAGACCCUCAUUGUCAGUCUUCAGGCGUACAGAGAAGAGAUCUUGCGGGGUGUACCUGUACCGCCAGACGAACCCAGGACACCUACCAGAUCUUGCAGGCUCUGCUUUCUCAACAUCAGCAAGACGUCCUACGGGGUGGAGAAGCUCAUGCUGCAGUUGACCGAGAAAGGGCGGGCAUGGAGGAGCUCAUGGCGCUGGGACGUAGAUGGCAAGCUCGCCCUCGACAUGUGGUUCCAGGGCCUGAGGCGAACCUUGGGCAACGUGUUCCACCUCGAGCAACUGGGCCGCUGUCGGAUGCACCUCCUGAACAGCCGAGUUCGUCAUCUGGGGCGCGACAUGUACGGGGUGGUCCUCUGUUUCGGGGAGACUUGCCACUGGCUUCUCUUGGCAGUCUUCGCCCUCGUGAACCUAUGGGCUCCCACCACGCCUCUCGCCAUGUUACCAGAGAUGCGUCAUGAGACUGGGCCGUCUAUGCCAGUGGACUCUGGGGUGGGGCUCAUACCGAGUGCACCUGUCUACAACCCGCUGGCACCAACAACACCCAUGGAAGCCUUUGGGGAGGUGUCGGCCAGCUACAUUGAUGACUUCCUGGCGGGGGUGGACGAGGAGAUCACAUCAACGACCACGACCACCUCCACGACGUUGCAAACUACUGCUUCCACGACUUUGCAGAUGCUGGGAGGAAACUGUGACCCAGGGAUGGAUGCGACGGUUCUCCCUGAUUGCGGUGUUGGGAUGAGCUUGGAUGGGGGCGAGGUCUACCAUGGUACGUCCUUCUCUAUGUCCCAUACACUUCUUGGGGCGUCUAUGACCUUGACGAGCACUACGACGUCGACUUCCACAGUGACUUCUGGGACGGGGAGCUCUUCGAACUCAACUGCGGGACGACUUGGCCUACGGGAGCGUGACCAUCUGAUUGCUCAACGAGUGGCUGAACUUGUCCUACGUGAACUCCUACACGUCCUGCGUCGGCCUCAAACCAGAGUGGUACCGAGACGAUGGCCCCGAGCUGCAUCCAAACGUGGGGCGCUCCCGCCGCGGCGUAUGGGGCGGCCUCUUCCGUCUAGGGCUCCUCAGAUGCCUUCUACAGCAGCAACUGGGUCCGGGACACAAGGAGGAGGUUCGGCGACAAGUCCACUGGACCAAGUCACGGAAGGGAUGGGUGACUUUGUCGAGAUUGAGAUCCCGGAAGAGGUUGCGAUGCCGGGCUACUUGGUGGACGAGCUGGACGUGACUGAAGGGAUGGAUGUGGCUGAUGAGCUCGAUGAACAGCCUGCAUCUGAUGACAUUGAGGGUGUUGCCGAUCCUCGAGAAUACUCCUCUUGGCGUGAACUAUGA